AUAAAGUAGCACGUUUGGUUUAACCGUCACAUACACACACAACCACACUGUAAAUAAUACUCACACUGAUUUCAAAUGAAACAACGGCCUCGGUUAUACCAAUAUUACCGGAUUUUAUUCGAGUUUCCCUCAUCGUUUCACCCAGGAUUAUUACCAGCGUGUUUAAAGUGCACGGAGGAGGCGACUGUCCCUCCAUUAACCGGUAGUAUUGCGGAGUGGAGUCAGCGCUGGCUUCAGCUGAGCCCAUCCGACAAUGUCAAAUAAACACCAUCAUCAUCAUUACUAACAGCGCCACGAGAGUUUCACUGGAACAAUCUCAAAUGCCAUCGAAGGCGGACGGGUGAAUACCGGGAUAUUUAAACGUCAGCUCUUUAUGUCCGUUCAAUCCAUCUAUCCCUUUCCCAUUGAAAAGGUCAUGAAAGCUCCCUCUUCCUGGUCCCACUGACCCCUCACGACCCUCUGACCUUCGACGUGUGUUCCUGUCAUCUUCAACCCACUCCUGCUAUGCAGCCAUGAGCUCUGCGCUAUGGAGCCAGGAGAAGCCUGCUGGCAGUUUCCGGGACGACUGGCGUUUCUACAUUGUGGUGAAGGAGUGCACCGUGGAAAAGCCAGGUCAAAAGACUCAGCGCAUCCCACGCGGCAGCCUUGGUCAGGCCUGUCAGGAACGUAACAGCCUUGGUCGCACGAUCCCUCCCAGCAAGGGUAAGCGCAGCCUACGCAUCCUGGACCAGACCAAUGUGGUGGUGAGCGUGGAUGAACGGGACGUGUUGGAGCUGGAGGAGAAGCUGGCGGAGCUGCUGUUCCCCAUCACCAACUGCGAAGAGCGUUACAGUCUGCUGUGCAACAGAGCGCGCCUGGACAGGGCCCAUGACAUCAAUUGUGGAUCAAAAGUCCGAGUGCAGCUGAGGUCCGGGGAUGAGCCCCUUCCAGGCGUGGUCCGCUUUAAAGGAGCUCUGCUGCCUGACCGGGCGCUGAGUGGUAUCUGGUUUGGUGUUGAGUUACUGGAGGAGGGCCGGGGUCAAGGUUUCACAGAGGGUUCUUAUCAGGGUCAGCAGCUGUUUCGUUGUGAAGAUGAAUGUGGUGUCUUCGUUGCACUGGAUAAACUUGAGCUCUGGGAAGAUGAGGACCUGGAGGUGGAUCGUGUGACGCUAGAGGAUAAUGACCCGGAAGUGGAAGGCGAAGUACCACCACUGGAGAUCAACUCUCGAGUGUUGGUGCAGACACGGGACGGCCCGGAACGGGGCACUGUUAUCUUCUGUGACUUACUGCCUGGCAACGAGAGUCUUGGAUACUACGUUGGUGUUGAUAUGGACAAUCCCAUUGGAGACUGGGAUGGGAUCAUCGACGGUAAACAGCUGUGUAAUUUUGCUAGUCUUGAACACACCCGUCUCGUCCCGGUCUGUGAUGUGAUGCCAGAAUACUCCAUGCAGGAUCAGAGGCUGACCAAGGUCUUUGCCUGCAGGGGCGGCAGUGACAAACCUGGCAGUCAGAGCAAACCAAAGAGCAAAGGGUUAGGCCUGCAGCCUGGCAGCAGGAGCAAGUCUGAGUUUUAUUAUACACUAAAUGGCAGCUCGGUCGAUCACCCUGCCCAGUCCAAAGCCAAAAGCACAUGGUACAUAGAUGAAGUCGGUGAGGACCCGGCCAAAUCCCUGACGGACAUGCCCCCAGACUUCAACCCAAGCUCGUCCCCCUCUCGAGCUCCACCCACAACCCCUUCGAUGUCCAUUGAUAACAAGUUCCACUCCCUGCCCUUCAGCUUGAGCCGCAAAGUUGGCCCCAAUGGGAGCAUGAGCCACGGCCCCCUCUCCCUGUCUGCUGGCUCAGUGAUGGGAGAGCAGCAGGAGGUCCUGCCACCUGCUACCACGCCUGUCCAGAGGCCUCCAUCACCACCACAAGGCCAGCCAGGGUUAGAGGUUGGGUCAAUGGUGGAGGUCAAAGAGAACCCACCGCUGUGUGGGGUCAUCCGUUGGGUUGGUCUACCUCCAGGACUACAAGAGCCACUAGCUGGUCUAGAGCUGGAGGAAGAGUGUGUGGGCUGCACUGAUGGCACAUUUAAAGGGAUCCGUUAUUUCACGUGUCCACCAAAGAAAGCUCUGUUUGUCAAACUGAAGUGUUGCAGGCCAGACUCACGAUUCCCAUCCUUACAUCAUUCACCCAACCCCAUAGAACGAUGCAACUCCAUAGCUUUUGGGGGUUAUCUGAGUGAAGUGGUUAAUGAGAACACUCCUCCCCGGACGGAGAAUGACGGUUUGGAGGUGAUGGUGGGGAAGAAGAAAGGAAUUCAAGGACAUUAUAACUCCUGCUAUCUGGACUCUACGCUGUUCUGUCUAUUCUCUUUUAGUUCCGUGUUGGAUACAGUACUCUUAAGGCCAAGAUCCAAGACUGAUGUAGAAUAUUACAAAGAGACUCAAGAGUUACUGCGCACAGAAAUAGUCAACCCACUACGAAUACAUGGCUACGUGUGUGCCACUAAAAUCAUGAAACUUAGGAGGAUAUUGGAGAAAGUGGAGGCAGCGUCAGGAUUCACUUCAGAAGAGAAGGAUCCUGAAGAGUUCCUCAACAUCCUGUUUCAUCACAUUCUGAGAGUCGACCCUCUUCUCAAACUUCGGUCUGCAGGGCAGAAGGUACAGGACUGUUACUUCUAUCAAAUCUUUAUGGACAAGAAAGAUAAAGUUAUGGUGCCAACCAGCCAGCAACUUCUGGAGUGGUCCUUCAUCAACAGUGAUCUCAAAUUUGCAGAGGCCCCUUCUUGCCUUAUAAUUCAGAUGCCUCGCUUUGGGAAGGACUUUAAGAUGUUUAAUAAGAUCUUCCCUUCUUUGGAGCUUGACAUCACAGAUCUAUUAGAUGACACCCCUAGAGAAUGUCGAAUCUGUGGUUGUUUGGCUCUUUACGAGUGCAGAGAGUGCUACGAAGAUUGUGACAUCACACCAGGAAAGAUAAAGCAGUUCUGUGAAAAGUGCAAUACACAGGUACAUCUGCACCCACGGCGCAAGUCUCAUCGGUAUGUCAAGUUAUCUGUCCCUAAAGAGCUGCAGGAGUCAGUGUGGAGGCAGGGAUCUUACCCUCACCAGCAGAUGGAGCUGUUUGCCGUGCUCUGCAUUGAGACAAGCCACUAUGUCGCCUUUGUCAAAUACGGAUCCUCAGACUCGGCCUGGCUGUUCUUCGAUAGUAUGGCUGACCGCGACGGUGGUCAGAACGGGUUUAACAUCCCACAGGUAUCCCCGUGCCCAGAAGUAGGGGCCUACCUGAAGAUGACCGCAGAGGAACUCCACGCGCUGGACCCCAAGAACAUCCAGGGCUAUGCACGCAGACUUCUCUGUGACGCCUAUAUGUGCAUGUACCAGAGUCCUACCAUGAGCCUCUAUAAAUAGAGGGAGAAAUAAAGACGGACGGAAAGGUAGGAAAGAAAAUGGCCGAGAAGGAGAGAGAUUAUGGAACGAGGGAACAAAGGGGCUGUGGUGAAGAGAGAAUGAGGAAGAAAAAAAAGAAGAAAAGUGCCCAGGAAGACGCACUCAAGAUUGAAUAUCCCAUGUCCAGUUGCCUCAUCCUCUUCUGCAUCUCUGUACAUACCGCAGGGUAAAUACGGCCAUAUGAGCGAAGGCGAGAUCAAGAGAAUGAAGGAAAAAGCCUAUUUGCACUGUGUGAGAGCGUAUGUGUUUGAGUGUUUGUUGAAGUGUUGUUGUUUUCUCUGAUUUGUGCCGUCUUUGACUGAGCUCAAACUCUUGAGUGUUCGGAGUGGCGUUUUUGCUACAUGGAGAGAAUCCACGAUCUUUCCAGCAUAUCGCAGACACUCACUCACCUGAUGGCUUAACAUUCUCCUCCUUCCGCCAGAACUGACCCCUCCAAACGGCAACAUACUCUACCCCUGUAAAUGAAGCCUUGGAUGAAGGACCAAAACGAGAUGUUUCCCUUCCGUCUGAAUGCUUCCACUCAUCAAUGACCCAUUUUAAUGCACUGCAGCAUCCAGCAUUAAUCAUAGUUCAGACGGACUGUGUGUAGUCCCUGUUUUUUGCCUUUAUAUUUUGCUGUGAAGUCUUUGUCAGGUGUGUUCACAUACAUAAAGCCCUCGACUGCCAUGCACUGGUCCGACAAAUGAGGUGAUUAAGCACACAAUUUUUUUUGACAUGAAGAAUAAUAUAAUUGAGCUUUUUCUUCUUGAAUUAGGAGUUAUUUCAUUUUAUUAUAAUUAUUGAUUUUAUAAAUAUAGAUUUUUUUUUAAAUAUAUAUAAAAAAUAAUAGCAGCUCCCCAGGCCAUGCUCUCGAAGUGGUAAAAAUAUCAGUAAGUUACUUGUUACAGAUACAAGUCAAUUUUUGCAAGUAUUAUGAUAACAUUAUGAUAUUUAAAAAGUUUCAAAGCUGAUUCAAGUUCCUGUUUGUAAAUGACAUGCUCUGGUUUGAGUGUUCACUGAUGAGGUUGAAUGGGCAAAAGCUGUCUCGCUAUACUGCAGCACUGUUGGCUAAUUUGCAGUAACACUGUUCAUCGAAAUACUGGUUUGAUGUACCAUACACACUUUACCUAUGGGUUACUGGAUUGUUUACACAGCCUGGUUAUAACUGAAGAGCUAUGAAAAGAAACAUGCACUGGGAUUGUUUUUUAAUCUCUGCUAAUGUAACCGUACACUAUGGGAGAGAUUCUCCGUGAGCGGCUGUAAUGGGAGAAAGGAUGACGACUGGUGUACUUGUGUAAAAUUAAGCCAGGUGGACUUUAUUAUCUCUGUGCUGUUCUCCUAAAUGUUAACUAAAUUAAAACGCCAUUUUGAAAACA